AUGAAGGAUUGGGCUUUGAAGCUAGAUGACACACUAUGGGCCUAUAGGACUGCAUUCAAGUCUCCUAUUGGGUUCUCACUAUUUCAGCUUGUCUAUGGUAAAGCUUGUCAUUUGCCAGUAGAAUUGGAACAUAAAGCAUUUUGGGCUUUGAAGGCCUUAAAUUAUGAUUUGAAGGCAGCAGGGGAGAAAAGGAAGCUUCAAUUGCAUGAAUUGGAAGAAAUGAGGUUGCAAGCCUAUGAUUCUUCUAAGUCCUACAAGCACAAAGCCAAGAUAUACCAUGACAAGAAGAUUCUGAAUAGGAACUUCCAACCUGGCCAGCAGGUAUUACUGUUCAAUUCCAGGUUGAAACUCUUCCCUGGAAAGCUCAAAUCUAAAUGGUCAGGUCAUUUCUCAAUUAAAUCUGUCAAAUCCUAUGGAGCCAUUGAACUUGAAGAUCCUGUUUCUGGAAGGACUUGGUUAGUUAACGGUCAGAGGCUCAAGCAUUAUUUGGGUGGUGAAGUUAAGAGAUUCACUACCAGCACACAUUUGAAGGAGCCAUGA